AUGGAAGCUCGUGAAUUAGAAAGAGCGAGGAGGGAUUGGAAGGAUCAAUUGUCGACAGGGAUGACCACAGAGCCCUUCAAGGCAUGGUCCCAGGCCAACGCUCCCGCACUCCAGCAGGCAAUGCAAUAUGGUGCUGCGGAGCGGGCUAUGUAUGAGCGGGAGCAAUACAAACAGAUGGGACCAGCCGCCGACAGAAUGCUGAAAGAGCGACGGCAAGAAGCCCAGGCCAAGACGGGAUCGCAACCUGAUCUUGAUCGUAAUGAUCAGAGAUUCCGUGACAUUGAGGGCAGAAUGGGCCACGGAUUUCCACGGGGUGAGGAGCAGGUAAAGGAGAUGCAAGGAUUCAUCAAGGAUCAAGUCGCUCGGGUGCCGGACGAUCGGAAGAAUCAGGACUAUGGCAAUUGGAAAGAGCUGGACAAGUUGUAUCAGCGGAUGAUCCUGAAGCCUGCAGAAAGGGUGGAGUUCAACAAGCCCAGGCGAAAGGAACGGGCCAGGGAUGAAGAUUUGAUGAAGGAGGAGGAUCUCAGCGAGGACGAGUUGCGGGAGUGUGUUCCUAUGCUGUGGAAUCUCGUGCCAUAG